AUGGCGUCUCGUCUCACUCGCCUAAGCACAUAUCUAUCCAGACCCCUGCAAACCAAAUUGUCCUCCCACUUGCCUUCCAAAUUUCAAUCCCAAGUCCAAUUCCAAAUCUCCAAACCCCGUCCCUAUACCACAGCCCCAAUGUCUGAAUCCCUGAUCUCCCUCGCCAAGCAAAGGCGCACGAUCUACAAACUAGGCAAAACCAGCCCAGUCCCCGACUCCAAGAUCGAAGACCUAGUCAACGCGGCUAUCCUGCAUGUCCCCAGCUCAUUCAACACCCAGUCUACGCGGCUGGUUGUCCUGUUGCACGAUCAGCACGAGCGACUAUGGGACAUCGCCAUUGAGGCGUUCGAGGGCCUUGUUGCGUCCGGCAAGGUCCCGCAAGAGGUGAUGGACAAGCAGACGCGGCCUAAGUUGAAUGGAUUCAAGGGGGCGUAUGGAACAGUCCUUUUCUUCGAAGAUCCCAAUCACAUCAAGCCUAUGCAGGAGAAAUUCAAAACUUAUGCAGAGCACUUCGUGCCCUGGGCCGAGCACUCCAAUGCUAUGCACCAGUACUUCCGUGAGUGUGCCCAUGAACCAAGUCAUACAUUUGUACACUUUCUAACAUGCACAGUCUGGACCGGUCUCGAGUCCCUUGGCUUCGGCGCGAACCUGCAACACUACAACCCGCUCAUUGACGCCGGUGUUGCGAAGCAGUGGAAUCUGCCCAGUGAGUGGCGCUUGAUUGCGCAACUGGUCUUCGGUAGCCCGGAGGAUGUUGCUGGGGAGAAAGUGCAGAAGCCUGUCGAGGAGCGGGUGAAGGUCUUCGGACGGCUUUGA